ACAGAGCUGUGCACCUCAGAGGGAACACCUGACCAAAGGGUUUCUGUUGGCGUAUUUUGGUGAAGAUGAACACUCUGGAGGAUGUAAUGUUUCAGACCCUGCUGGGACCACUGGAGGAGGAGGUGCAGCUCGUGACAGCUCCAGACAUCGCUCUACCAGACUGCCAUCGGAUACUGCAAGACACAGAGUAUGAAUUCAGCCUGGAGAAACUGAUUUUAACCGGGCAGCCCCCAGUCUGUCAGGCCCCAUCCUGCCCCCCAUACUGGAUGAUGUUCAGCAGCCCUCAGGAGAGCCGCAGGGCCAGUCGCAGGAGCAGUGACACGUGGGCCCCGAGCCCUCGGCCCCGCAGUCACAGCCUGAACUCCGCUGACAUUCGCUGGCUGCACCAUCGCACUGUCAAGUUCCUCAUAUCAGACUCUGAGGACGAGGACGGUUACAAUGAGGAUAAUGAAGGCUCCUCCACUGAGGAAGCACGCCAGCCUGUCAAGUGCAGAGAGAGGCCCCGGAGCGCCGCACCCAAAGACCCAGUCUCCAGGAUCAAAGAAAUGCACCUCGGCCCUGCCACUCACUGUAAGCCCGACUCACCUCGGAGCCUCAGAGGCCACAAAGGGUCUUUACCUUCUCUCCACGACUGCAGACAACCUCUGCGAGCACUGGAGCAGCACCGGUCACAGCAGGCCAGCCCCCGCCUCUCAGGCCAGAAGAACAGCAAGAAGAGGCAGCGUUCAGUGGGCUCCGUCAGCAGAAAGUUCUCCCAGAACACGCCACCUGCUGGUCCCUCUCCAUGCAGGCUGCAGCAGCAGAGGCCCUCCUCUGCAGGCCCUGUUGUCAAAAACGGCAGACAGAAGGCCCUGAGGACUGGCGGCCCCUGUGGGGUUUUCUUUGAUUCAGCAGCAGAGUUGUUGUCAGCACUCAGCCAGGAAGAGAGGGAGCUACUCGAAACCAUUACAGAGAGGGGAUACCCUCUACGCACAGCUAUUCUGGCUCUGCAGAAGACAGGCUACCGCAGCCCAGAGAAGAUACUUAAAUACCUGGUGGCCAGUGACCGUCUGUGUGAGCUGGGUUAUGAUGAAGCACAGGUGGAGGAGGCCUUGGAGAUGUUUCAGAACUGCGAGAGCAAGGCUGCUGAGUUCCUGCGCCUUCUGACUCAGUUUAAUGAGAUGGGCUUCCAGCAAAGUGCGAUCAAAGAAGUGCUGCUCGUUCAUGAAAAUCACCGCGAGAGGGCUCUUGAAGAACUCAUGACCCGCAUGGCUUAAACAGAACGUCUUACCAUUUCGAGUCUGUGUGGAGACAGAAUUAUUUUCUCCUCUACAACAUGUGAAACGUACUAAACACACAGUAUGUGGUCAAAAUUGAAUACUUAAAGGACACGGCCUUCUGACUUUGACUCAGUUAACAUAAAACCUUUGCAACUCAACCGCAGGCUCUAGAAUGAAAACAUUCAGUUAGAACUGAAAAUGACAGAAGAUAAAAGAGGUGCACUUAGUCAGGAUGAACGUUUUAAAACGUUUAUUUACAGCUUGAUUAAAAAAAAAAGCACUCAAAAUAUUUAAUUUCUGAAGAACAAAUUCAGCUGUCAUUCCAGCUGGGGGAAGAAAAUUGUGCGCUGGCUAACUGCUGUAGUAUGAAAACAAUGUAGUGCUCUAGAUAUGGCUAAUUACAUUCUGCUUAAAAAGGCUGUAACCCCAAAUGAAAAAUGUAAGAUAAAAUGCCACAACAGCCUUGGUACAAAUAUCAUUAACUUGCCAUAUUAUAUACACAGCAGAUAAAACUGCUUCAGCAGUGACCCUGAAAGAAAGCCUUGUGAAAACAGGAUAGAUGGAGACACAGAUCAAAAUAUUUACAUGUUUAUAAGAAGUUUACAUUAAAGUCCCGGCUUGUCCACUAUACGAAAACUACACCAAACUACCGCUGAGCUGGACGACUUCUGGUGGCAGAGCGGCUGCUUUGACUCGUCACUGAUUACUGACGGUGGAGUUCAGCAGUCCGGCCUUCACGUUCGCUUUCGAAGCCUUCGAGAGGUCUCUCUGUAAAGACAAGUCAAAACUGUCAGAAUCAUUGCUCAUAGUUAAUGUGUCAAAAUGUCAAAGUCAAGUGAUUGAAGAUACAAGUCCAUGUGUGUGAAAUGAACACGGAGUCAGCAUGUGACAUGGAAAUAUGAAAUGCUAAUGUAUAUAUUCACUUUGGAAAAGCGUCUGUUAUGACAUCCAGAUUUCACAGUAAUGUAGUCAAACGUUAAACUGUGAGCCAGAGCAAUGGAGUCUGUCAGGAUUUCCAGUAGAGUAUUAGAACUUUUUAUUUUCUCAUGACCUACUGCACUAACGAAUAGAAAGAAUCUGGUAUGUGUAUUAAUUCUGUGUGUGUUGUCACUGUGUGAACUGAUGCAGAUCAUCAGUGUCCAAAAAUGUAUUUUUAAUUAGCAAAAUAAAAUCUGCUCAUCAUGCAGU